GACCUAAAACGGGGUUGCCCUAAAAUCCACGGCUUCCCCUCUUGAUACCUCGCCACGCCGUUGCGUAGAGCUCUCGGAGGAUCAGUCGGUCACAGUUAGCAGCAAGCAACAGACGCCACCCGGAAUUUUCAACAUGCCAGGACGUCCAUUGUGGCAGGUUGCAGGAAAGCGCGAACCCGAGCAGGAAGCUCAGGCUCAGGCAUGGAUCGAGGCCGUCGUGGGCGAGCGCUUCCCACCCGGAACGCCGUUUGAGGAAGUCCUGAGAAAUGGCGUCAUCCUCUGCAAACUGAUGAACAAGCUGCAGCCCGGCCUCAUCUCCAAAAUAAACACUUCCGGCGGCGACUACAAGAUGAUGGACAACCUCAGCCAGGAACAACUUCGAGCCGGCGAGACGAUGAUCGGACUCCAGGCCGGUUCAAACAGAGGCGCCACCCAGGCUGGACAGAGUUUCGGCGCCACCAGGAAGAUUCUACUGGGCAAAUAAAAAAAGUCGUGUACAGUAAACAUUAAAGAAUAAAUUGCAUUUAGAAUACUCAGAAGAGAACGGGUCGUAAGCUACGCGUCUCUUCAGAAAACGAGUGACUAACUUCUACCCGGCUGUAUUUUCAUUAUUAGCUUUCUAAAGUACAUAUUAUAGCAUAGGCCAAAAUUAAUCAGUAUUUAGCUCUUUUGAUGAUGCCAUAAACAAUUUUCAUAUUUAAAUGUUUAUCAGCUGCUUCGCUUUGACUCCAGAGUGGAAUGUAAAAUGUUAGGUCCUCAAAAUAAAUUAAUCCGGGCCUCUUCAAUGUUAAAAAUAUUAUCAAUAUUAAAGCCCAAUGGUAUAUGGUAUAUGUGUGCCAACUGCUUUAACAUUUAAUUCUGUAUUUUGUAUAAUUCUCAUAAUAAACAGCAUUAAUCACUUGAUC